AUGGAAGAACAACACGCAAGCGAUGUAUUAGUUGUUUGUACUGAAACAACGGAAGAUCAAAGCAGUGCUUCAGGAAAGGCAGAAAAAAAUCCUCAGGAUAUUGCAAGGCAAAAGCGACAAUAUGUGCUAAUGGAAUUGGUCGAUACAGAACGGGAUUAUGUAAAAGAUUUGAGUUCAGUGGUAGAUGGAUAUAUGGCAAAUUUGCAAACGAUGGAAUUGCCGGAGGAUUUGGUUGGCAAAGAUAAAAUUAUUUUUGCAAAUAUUGCUCAGAUUCUUGAUUUUCACAAAACGUUAUUUUUAAAAGAAAUUGAAAAGUGCCUCGAAGAUUAUGAAGCUGCGGGUAAUGCCUUUGUUAAAUACGAACGAAGGCUACAUACAUAUUAUGUGAAAUAUUGUCAGAAUAAGCCAAAGUCAGACUUUCUGAUGGCACAGGAUGAUUUUGAACAGUUCUUCGCUGAAACAAAACAGAAAUUGGGUCACAAGAUAGCACUAUGUGAUCUCUUAAUCAAGCCAGUACAGCGUAUAAUGAAAUAUCAAUUAUUGAUGAAGGAUAUUUUGAAAUAUACAGAAAGAGCGGGUGAUCGAAUGGAUAUCUUGGAAAAAGCUCUUCAGGUAAUGCAUGUAGUACCAAAAGCAUGCGAUGAUAUGAUGCAAGUUGGCCGAUUGCAAAAUUUCGACGGAAAUUUAAGUGCUCAAGGGAAAUUGAUAUAUCAGGGAACAGUGGCAAUCUCAGAUAAUACUCCAUCACAGCCUUUCAAAGGAAAAGAUAGGCGAAUAUUUUUGUUUGAGCAGUCUGCAAUCAUUGCCGAUUGUAUUUUGCCGAAGAAAGAAUUUGGUAAUCCUACAUACAUCUUCAAAAGUCAAAUUAUGGUUAAUAAAAUGGUAUUGGAAGCAACUGUUGCUGAUGAACCGUUACGUUUUAUUCUAAAGAGUAAUGAUCCGUCACAACCGAACGCAUUCUUAGCGCAAGCUAAUACAAUGGAAGAAAAAGAUCAGUGGAUUUCGAAAAUAAAUAGUCAAUUGGAUCAGCAAAAAACACUUCUGGCAGCUUUGGUAGAUCCUAAACGUUAUCAAAAUCAACUUGCUGGAAGUGUUAACUCAUUGUCAUUGGAAGAAGUGGAUAAGAAGAAGACGUUGUUUCCACGGUUAACUGGUAAAAGUAAAGAAAGCAGUCACACUUUUUUAGGUGCUUCAUCUUCGAUGCAUCAGAAUUCUAGCAUUCAAACACUAUCAUCGAAAACUAAUUCAUCGACAAAAUCUUCGAAGUUGUUUGGUUUUGGAAAAAAAAUGAAUCCAACAAGUAGUAAUAAGUCAGCAGCAGUAGGUAAAUUAAAGUGA